AUGGUUAAACUCACUUCUCGCUUCGCAUUCCUCACCGGUGCGGUGACGUCGCUCGCCGCAGUCUCGGUCCUCCCCACUCCCGCCGACGCUGCUGUCAUCAAGGUCAACAAUCCAAACGGGAUGCCGCUCGGCUCACUCAACACUAGACAUCCCGCCGACGCUACCGUCAUCAACAUCAACAAUCCAAACGGAACACCGCUCGGCUCACUCAACAUUCGACGCUCGACGCCGAAGGACGUGUCCGACGUCGCGGCAGAAGAUCCUCCUCGGUCUCAGUCCAAGGCUGUCAAGAAGUCGAAGACCAGGGGCGCUUCGGCGGCCAAGCAACGCGAGCACCAGCCGAUGGUACCCCUUCCUGCGUCGCUGGUCGCCAAGAACAGGAAGACUCGAGGCAAGGGAAAGGGUGGCAAGGGCAAGAAGCGCAAGGGUGGGUCUGGACGGGCUCGCGAGUCGGCGACGCGUUCCCAAGAGAAGGUAUUCGUACAGCGGAACUGGUCGCUUGAUCCUAUCACCCGGAUGAAGAACCUGUGGAUGAGCACGCGCCGUGCGUCUAUGCGCGAGCUCUCCGUCGACACGCCGGACCAUGGGGACGGGCAACAGUCGGAGUUCAUCAGGCGUUCGUCGAACCUUGCUCGUCUACGUCGCGAGCCUCAUCGUCACCACGACGACGUUGUGGUCAAGGGGCACGACAAUCGCAUCAUCUUCGACGACGAUAGGCAUGGUCAUCACGAUCCCAUCGUCUUCAAGGGCGACCACGAGCACGUCCACUUCCGUCGUACACCCUUCCCCUCUCCUCACAGUCGCCACCACCAUCACCACCACCACGGCGAUCAUGAUGACGACGGCGAGGUCACUGUCAAGGGAAGCCACAACGACGUCGAUGUCCAUCGUCGAGACGAAGUACUACGACCCUCCUUCCUCAUCUCGGGUUCCAACGGCCAUUCGUUUGUGGUGGAUGGAUUGCCUGCACUGGCCACUGCGAAUCCGAAAACUCUGAUCGGCGAAGGGAUCAAGCUUCCAAAGCGUGCCGGUGACAGCGGGGUCCCAGGUACUAUCGAGAUUAUUCGCACUCAGAGUGGAGGCGACGGGACCGGGACUAGGGUCGCUUCUCUUGUCGUCGCUUCGAACAAAACUGGCGACUCAGGCGAAGGCGGCAACUCAAGCUCUACGACCACGCCGACUUCCUUCGUCCUUCACGCCUCUGACAAGGAUCGCACGCAGAUGAACCUGGUCAUCAUUCCGGACUCGCAGUCAUCGGGCCACUGGAACUCGACAGAGGGGAGCAUGCACUCCGGGAACGACUCGACAUCUGCCUCCCCCACCACUCACGCCGACGCUACGCCGACGACUAGCCCGGACUUCAUGGGAGCCAGCGCAUUGUCUACCAACCCGUCAGAUCCCGCGUCGUUCAUCAAGGUUCUCUUGCAGAUGCCGGUCUUCGAUGACGAAAGCGCCGAGCUGAAAGCGUUCUGUGCGACGUUCGAUCCCAGUCCUUCUACCCCUUCGGCUAUGACCGUGGAACCCUGUAUGGACGACCCGACGGGCACCCGCGGAGCGCACAAGAGCCAAAUUUUCGCCUUUGAACCUGAGUCUCACGUCAUCCGUCCCUUGUUGCUCGAUGGCGACACUCCCGAGGACGACUCCGCACCAAACGCCAACGGCGACGCUCAAGCCCAGCAGACGAGCAGUUCCAAGGACCCUGCUGAUCCUGAAGGAGACGACACAUCUGACGACAACGAAGCUGCUCCGAGCUCCCAGGAUGGCCCGAUGGACGACGAGGAUCCGUCAUCCAUGGAUGAAAAUAUCGGCGCAUCUUCGUUCCGGGACGAGAUGUUGGACGGGAUGUCAGAGAAGACUCCGAUGGACUCGGCAGCUAUGGACAACGACAACGACGAUGCUCGCCCUGUCAUGCUGGUGUUCACUCCGGUUGCUCCUGAAGUUUCCAACGUCUCAGCGCCUUCGUCUUCUAGUGUCUUACCUGGAGCUCUCCCUGGUGCCGUGGCCGGUUCUAGCUCGACGCCUCGCUCAACGCCUACCGCCACGAAGUCGGGCUCAAGAUCUCCCUCACUUGCUACCGCAUCAAACUCUGCGCCCUCGAACUCUGGGACUCCCUCUCCUACGACACCGCCUUCAGGCUCUUCGAGUUUCGGAGACGGUUCUAUGCCAAAGGACUUAGAUGUCAAGGUGUUCAACCCCGAUUCAGCGACCGAGCAACGAGCGGCGAUGGCUCGACUUGGGGCCGAAAGCGCACCGCCCGGGCUGGCAAUUAUCCCGGUGCCUAGCACCAGCUCAUCUGUCCCCGCUUCUACGCCCACGCCCACGCCUACACAGUCGCCAUCGCCGUCGCCCACCGAGUCGUCUUCAGACACCGCGUCCCCCAUGCCUCAACCGUCCCUUGAAGUCUUCGUUGCUGAUCCUUCUCCGCGUUCUCGGAAGGCGCGCCGCAUGAUCAAGAGGCCAUGCUGGGGGCAUAUUACUACCUUUUUCCCAAUCAUAAUCAUACGUAUUGGCGGUGGACAUCGUGUGUGCUUGCCCAUUCCUAUCCUCGAGGGAGAGUCGAGCGAGUGCGAACUGUUGUGA